GAAGUCGGCUGCAGUAGCAUAUUAAUAUCUAGCAGCGGCUCCGAGAACACAUUGCGGAGUAUUAUAUAGUGUUUGCAAAUUAUAGUUUGAAGACUUGAGCAGCAUUGCGAUAUUAUAGUGUCGGUGCCAACGCUACCAACGACUUUCGUCAUCACUUAUCCUCAUCAACUUAUUCACUCGUAUAGUCUCGUGGCACUGAGUAUUGAACAGUACGCUCAAGCCACUCUCUUCUAGAAGCAAAUCAUUAUAGGAAAAGACAGCCAUGAUGACAGCUAACGACGAGAGAUUAUACGUCGUACCCGAUCUGUUGAAGUCGGCUUACUACGCGUGUAACAAGAUCCAGCGGGACAAGUACGACGAGCAUGAGACUCCGGACGUCGACUUGCGGAUUUGUUGCGAGUCGAUUUUUAAAAUCGUAAAACUCAACACGGAGAGUGGUGGAUUCGACUCGUUGGGUGAUAGGAGGUCCAUGGUUGGAAAGUUUCAGUCAGUGGUCCAUGGCGAAUUAAUCCGUAACUUAUGUGAGAUGGCCUCGUAUUACGGACACAUUGAUUGCUUGACGUUCGCUCGCGAGAUUGGCGUUCCGUGGAACGUUAACUCGGGGAUAAAAGCCUUCCGAUGGGUCCAAUCGGCGUGUGAACACGCCGCGGGCAAUGGUAAACUGGACUGCUUGGUGUAUGCUCAUGAGAACGGCAGUCAAUGGGACAGGUCGACGUGUAGAGCAGCCGCGUCUGGCGGACACUUAGACUGUCUUAGGUAUACGCAUGAAAAUGGAUGCUCUUGGGACGAAGACACGUGUAGUGUAGCUGCAGAUCGUGGACAACUGCACUGUCUGACGUAUAGCCACGAGAAUGGAUGUCCAUGGGACGAACUAACGUGUCAGUGUGCUGCAGGAAAUGGACAGCUGGACUGCUUGCGCUACGCCCAUGAAAAUGGAUGUUCUUGGAACGAAGAUACGUGUAGUUAUGCUGUGGAAAAUAGACAAAUGGACUGUCUUAUAUACGCACAUGAAAAUAAAUGCCCUUGGGAUAAAGAAACGUGUAAUGCAGCUGUGGAAAUGGGAUACCAGGAAUUCCUUAUGUAUGCGCAUGAAAACGGAUGUCCUUGGGACGAAGAAACGUGUAGUAUUGCUGCACUUGGUGGAUAUCUGGACUGCCUUAUAUAUGCACGUUCGAACGGAUGUCCUUGGAACGAAGAGACGUGUCGGUUUGCUGCAGUAAAUGGACACCUGGAAUGCCUCACAUAUGCGAAUACGAAUGGAUGUCCUUGGGACGAAGAAACGUGUUCUGAAGCUGCGACAAAUGGACAUCUGGAAUGUCUGAAGUAUGCUCAUGAAAAUGGAUGUCCUUGGGACGAAGAAACGUGUUCUGAAGCUGCGACAAAUGGACAUCUGGAAUGUCUGAAGUAUGCUCAUGAAAAUGGAUGUCCUUGGGACGAAGAAACGUGUUCUGAAGCUGCGACAAAUCGACAUCUGGAAUGUCUGAAGUAUGCUCGUGAAAAUGGAUGUCCUUGGGACGAAGAAACGUGUUCUGAAGCUGCGAAAAAAGGAAACCUGGACUGCCUGAUGUACGCGCAUUCAAAUGGAUGUCCUUGGGAUGAAAAAACGUGUCUUAUGGCUGCGAAAAAUGGACGUCUGGAAUGUCUGAAGUAUGCUCGUGAAAAUGGAUGUCCUUGGGACGAAGAAACGUGUUCCGAAGCUGCGAAAAAAGGAAACCUGGACUGCCUGAUGUACGCGCAUUCAAAUGAAUGUCCUUGGGAUGAAGAAACGUGUUGUAUGGCUGCGACAAAUGGACGUCUGGAAUGUCUGAAGUAUGCUCGUGAAAAUGGAUGCCCAUAUGGUCGAAAAACGAUUGAGGCAGUCGUUUUAUAUUGUUCGAGUUACCUCAAAAUUCGAAUAAUAUAAUAUCGUCGCUUAUACUGCCACAGUUCGUAUCUCGGUAGUCAAAUUUUUAAAUACGCACUGUAGCAGUAGAUAUAAGCGACGAUAUAGCAUAGGUUCGAAUCGAUAGUAGAUUACAUUUUAAUAAAAUUAAACGUAACACGGCGAGUGCCGGAGCAUGCGUUAUUUGUGUCAUUUAUGUUACAUGCGAUAGUUGAUACAUAUUGUAUAAAUUAAAUGGACUAGCGAUUCGAAGUAGGUAGGUAUUAUAAAAAUUCAAAAUAGGGCUAAGAAAACAUUCAUUUAGUAAGUAACACAUUUUAGACUUUAACUAACAUAUGAAAACAGUAGGAACUUGCAUUCAUUAAUAUAUUUUUUUACAUUUUUUUAAUCGCUCAAAUAUAUCUUAAAUUCUAAAUUUAAAAGACUAACAUAUACAAUACUUGUUCAAUCAAUUAUUUCUUACAGAAUUUCAAUUUAGGGUGGUUCCAGUCUUGUAAAGUAAUUGAGUAAAAGUAUUUAAAUACUUUUUAAGUACUCAAAAAUGUCU